GGAUUGUCCAACACGCCAGCGUCAGUUCUGCAGAUCAUCACCAGCAGAAUUCCACCCAUUCAUCUUAUCCUUUUGCCCGUUCGACGACUUUGUACCCUCUUCCUAUACACCUAUUCUAUUCCAGCGUCAUAGAAAUCUUGUCGCACUGUAGACAUGACCAUCGAUCCACCGGCAAAGCGAGUCAAAACAGACCUUGAAUGUGAAAUGAGUUGCACCAUUUCAACCCCGAUUGCAGAGAAGGUCCCGAUAGUUUACACUCUGGACCCAUUCUUUUCACAAGAAGCACCGGCUCGGCCUCUAUUGAACGUGGAUAAUGUGUCGGAUGAAUUGAUAACAGCAUUAGAGACGCUGUCUACUGCCCUAUCGGAAUACAUUCAGUCAAGCUGCUCGACAGUGGAGUGUGAAACUGCCCUAAGCAAUGCAUCAGAGCUCACAAACUCCGUGCACGUAUUACGAGCGGAAGGCUUUCAGUCGCUGAUAACCGAAUAUUACUUUGUGAGCGUACAAGAGCAUUUUUACAAAACAGUGGCAACACAUUUACAAAACUUUGAGAUGGAUUACAGCACACUAAACGAUGAGGAUGUGGAUGAUGCCACUUAUUCAGAAUGGUGUUGGAAGGAGUACACCAGUCUGGUAACUCGCCUGGCAGGGUAUAUGAAUGCUUACACAUGCGGAUUUGAUCUGCUUGGGAAUGUAGACGGAACCUUUCACACUCGACUCUACAACUUUUUUGAAGGUCAUCUUCGGCGGUCUCUUCCGUCAUGCUGGCAAGAUGUUACGACUCGCAUAUUCGAGCACAGUCUUCAAAAGUAUGAUACAUUCUUGUCGAAUGAAGACAGCAUGGAAGACGUUGAACUGGAAUUAGACAGCCUACCAGAAUUAAUGUCACAAUUAAAGUCAAUCGGCCUUCUGUCCGAAUCCACCAGCGCCCUGAUGCUAGUGGCUCGUGAAAGAGUCAAGCGCAAGGUGGAGGAAUGCCGGGGUCAGUAUGAGGAGCCUGCAUUAGCGGAAUGCAUACAAUGGGUCGAGCAGCAUUUGUGUGGUGGAUGGUUACGAAGGAUAGUGCAGUAUGAGAGGGACUCGACGACAAACCUAAAGCUUGACCAUUGGUGUCGUGACUUGACGGUCUGGACUUCUCGCGAGUUCUGCUCAAUGCGUAUCCAAGAAAUUUUUGAUAUUGUGCGGAACUACGCUUUCGGACUGACAUCAGAAGCAACGCUUACUGAUUUAAAACACUGCCUCACGACCUCGGUACAGAAAGAGGAAUUGGUCAAAUCACUCAGAGAAGGGAUUGAGGAACGUGCGCUACAUGCUGGCGUCGCUACCGAAGACAUUAUCACUAUUUUGGUGGCAACGGAAAACACACUUCGGGUCAUAGAUCCCACCUCUAACAUGCUUUUGAAGACCAUUGGACCCAUGAAAGAAUAUUUACGGAGACGACCCGAUACCGUUCAGCAUAUUCUGUCAAGAAUGUUGGAUGAGGAUAGCGAACUGGCGGAGGCGAUGCGCCAAGGUGAUAGCGUGCGGGACGCGGAGGGCGCAGAUGAUGAUUAUGAUAACUGGGAGCCAGAACCCGUAGAUGCAGUCGGAACGCGGCAGGAGCGAGCUGCAGAUAUUAUCACUCGGCUGAUCAGUAUCUGUGAAUCCAAGGAUGCGUUUGUACACGAGUACCACAAGAUGCUCCUGGAUUGCCUCAUUCAUAAACUAGAUUAUGAGACAGAUAAGGAGACCCUCGAAGUGGAAUUGCUAAAGACGAGAUUUGAGGAAGCGAGUUUUAAUCAAUGCGAAAUCAUGCUCAUGGAUAUGGCGACAUCACGACGACUCGAUCAUCAACUCUAUUCAAAGGCAGGUACUGAAGAGACAAUGGAGACAGAAUCAAAUCCGGCGCCCCUCCAUACCACCGUCAUGUCUCACUUGUUUUGGCCCCCGCUGGAUACUACCGACUUUUCUCUUCCACCGGAAAUUGAACGAGCAAAGAGAACUUACGAAAGGCAUUUUGAGGAACAAAAACCCAACAGAAAGCUUGCAUGGAAACCCAAUGCUGGCAUUGUGGAAAUAGAACUUCAGAUGGAAGACCGAAUGGAAACUUUUACAGUAACAGAGCUGCAGGCGACUGUGAUUCAUCUCUUUGGCGAACAGAGUCCUUUGACAUGGGAUGAGAUUGUCGCCAAGCUACGUGAACCUAAUAGCCCGGAAGACUUUAAACAAGAUGUUGGUGACUGCUUGUCGUUUUGGAUGUCGCAAGGCAUUCUGAAGCAACUGGACGAAGAGACAUACGCCCCCAUUGAAACUGCUGGAGAGGAUAUUAGCAAUGGGCCAUCUCUACCUAUGCCUACAAGCCGAAGAAACGAGGAAGAUCGCGCUCGGGCGAAACAAGCAGCAGAAUUGCGCACCAAAUUCCAGCCCAUGAUCAUGGCCAUGCUGACAAACCAAGGACCCGCAACUGUCGAGAGAGUCAAAAACCUUCUAACAAUGUUCUUCCAGUUCAGCCACACGCAAAAUGAACUGCAAACACUGCUGGACCAGCUUGUCUCGGAAGGGCUGCUAUUAGUCGGACGUAACCGGGAGUACAGUGCACGGACAUGAUGAAACAAUGUCAAUCUAAUAACAAUGUAAAUAAAUGACUUGGCAUUAAAUACAGCAUUCCUGAUUCCCGUA